AUGGCCGUAUCAGGACGAAAAAUUCCAGUAAACAAGGAGUUAGUUUCUGGAGGUCUGGAAGAAGAUUUCGGUCAAAGUUGGUGUGGUCCCUGUUUGGCCUUUGAUAAACAAGAGGAGUCUUGUGGAUUUUGUAUGGACUGUCAUGAAUAUCUCUGCAAGAAUUGCUAUAUAUAUCACCAAAGAGUAAAAGCUACAAAACAUCAUCGAUUACUGGACAAAGAUCAAAUGUGUAAGGAAGAUAUUCCUCCUAAUAAUUCAGACGUCUGCACGGAAAGAUGUUCUAUUCAUAAGAAUGAAGUAAUCAAGUUCUUCUGUCCCAAACACGACGAGCUCGGCUGUACUGACUGUAUGACCUUGAACCACAGGGCUUGCGACCUUGACUACAUCCCUGAUAAAUGCAAGGAUAUCGGAGACAGUCGUGAAUACAGGGACACAAUCAGAAAAAUUGAAGAAAAAUCAAACGAAGUAAAUGAUAUAACGUCAAAGGCUGUUGUAAAAGAUAAAGAAAUAGACGAAAUGCAUGAUGCAGCAACUAAAGACAUUCGCAAGUACAGACAAGAAAUAAACGACCGUUUAGAUGUCAUUCAAACGAAGUCGGAGACUGAAGUCAUCAAUAGAAGGUCUUCAGAUAAACAGAAAGUUCAGUCAGUCAUUGCUUCAUGUAACAUUUAUUCCUCAGAAAUAAACAAGCUACAGUCAUCUUUACAGGAUAGCAAAACACGGAAGGAACACGGUCAACUAUUUAUUGCCCUCAAGAGGGCUAAGUCUGCGUUAACAACAACAUCCAUACAGCAAGCUGAAGAAAGUUUAGACAAGGUGAAUGCAAAAUACGAAGUCAAACGUAAUGAGGACAUCAAGGGCAUACUGAAUCAGGAAGCUGCUUUGGUGAAACUUUGUGAGCUUCCAACAAAAUUGCCUACGUCGGAACGGAAGACAGAGAAAAGAUCCCUCAGCCAUUUAGAGGAUAUAAACGUGAAAACUAACACAGACAAAGAAACAUGCUAUAUCAGUGGCUGUGAAAUCUUGACAACUGACAAAAUUGUCCUUGCUGACAAUAUAAACAAAGCAGUCAAAAUCGUGGAUUUACAAAGAAAAGUUGUGAUCGAAGAGAAAACCGUUGAUAUAUGCCCAUGUGAUAUAGCUGUACUUCCUGAGAGCCAUAUUGCUGUAACAACAGGAAAUGAGAGAAAAAUUCUGAUUUUGACAACAGCAAGCACACUGUCAAUUAAUAACACCUUUACAGUUGAAGGAGAUUGCUACGGGAUAGUUUUCCACGAGAACAAACUGUAUGUUGUAUGCCAGAAACCCAGACGAGUACUUGUUUUAGAUAUGAAAGGUAACGUUAACAACACAAUAUCAUUAGACGAUGAUACAAGUUUUUUUGGUGCAACAUAUAUUGCUAAAAGUUCCGAGGAAAAAAGUAUCUAUGUGAGUACCUGGGGUACCAGUCCUGUCAUACGUUUUACUUCAUGGGGUGUUAUAACUGCUGUAUACAACGGCUUUAAGAAAGAUGUUCAGAAACCUGGAGGAAUGCUUAUGAUUGAUGAUGGAUCAGUUCUGGUGUGCUGCUAUGGUUCAGGUGAAAUUUACCGUCUCUCUAAAGGCAUAGCACAAGGUCGGGUGAUAAAAGAUGGUCUAAACAAACCACGUUCUAUAAGCUACUGUUCAAACAGACAUGAAGUCUACGUUGGCAGUUCCGCCAGUGAUUAUGUGAAAGUAUUUCGAUUACUGUAG